AUGGCAAAAGUGGAAGUACAAAUACGAUCGUGUUUUUGCUGCGGUUUAUCAAUUGCCACCACUGCGGUUGCCAUCUACACACUCAUCUUGUACCUUCUGCUGACUGGAUUGGCCGGUUGGGGACUAUCUGACACAACCACAAAUGGAGACGUUACGCAUUACAAUUCGUGUGAACUCGAAGCUCAAGGCAAAAUUAAUGCUGAAAAUCGCAAGCUGAAAUUCACUGGCGGACAAACCGUUGUCGUCGUGGAAGACUCGACAUCCUAUCAUUGUUCUAUUGGAUUGUAUACCGAAGAGCUCAAAUAUUCUGCAAAUCCCCGUUACACGAUGCUUCUCCUCGAUGUAUUUUUGUAUGUGUCGCUCGUUCUCGCCUCGAUUCUUCUUCUUAUUGGUCUUUGCGCUUAUAAUCAAUGGCUUCUCGUACCGUGGAUCAUUCUUAUAUCGGUUGAUAUUAUUCGCGGCUUCAUCAGCGUGUUCUUCAUCUUCUGGUACAGCUACGGAAAUCUUGCCAGAAUUGCCACCGGCAUCUUCUUCCUUGGCCUUCAAUUCCUUCACAUUUCUCUUCUUUUGAUUAUCAUCGCCAAGUUCCAGAGAAUUCAUAAUAGACGCAAUGGAAUUCCAGACAAAGUGUACGACAUUCGCGCUGGAUCGCGUGCUCCGUCGACCUACUACGGCGAGACUCACGCCGUUCCACAUCGUGGACCCGAAUACUACCCAGAUCAGCACCGAGCACCAUAUCCAACAUACGACCAACAAUAUCGUUAUUAA